AUGUCUUGUGUCGGCUAUUUACGUAUAUUGUGAAUUUGUGAUAGUACGCUAAAAAUGUUUUACACAAAUUGUCGCUCAUGUGACAUAUAAUUAUGAAAUAAGUAGGUGUUGUUGAAGUCGCUGAUUUCAUUCUAAUUUUACAAGAUGAUGUCCAGUGUACUGUGCCCAACCCAUUAUACAAUUUUUAUACUCAUUUCGAUUGUCUUGAAAUUACUCGUAAUUAAUUGUCAUACAAUUGGUCCUGCAGAUGAGGAGAAAGAAAUCUCUGUAUUCAUAAAUGUUCUCAUUUAUAAGCCGACAGAAAUUCCAAUCGGAUCGAAUGUUACAAUAAUGUGUAGAACUACUAUGGCUGAGAGUACAUUAGAUUGGAUAUUUGGCUCAAAAAAUAUAACUGAACAGGAAGGAUUUUUACUCGAAAAGGAAGGAGAAAAUAUUGAAGAGUCUGGAAAGAAAUAUGAAGUAUCAAUUUUACACAUACUUAAUAUUGACUUUCAUCAUACUGGUGAAUAUACUUGUCUUUCAUUCACCAAAGAUCAGAAACUGGAUAUUGCCAGGCAAAUCUUGAAUAUUACAAUGACUCCAAGGAUAUUAAGUAUGACGUCUCCAAUGCAUACCAAAAUGACAAAAACAAUCAAAUUGCACUGCACUAUACAAGGUUAUCCUAUUGAUGAAAUUGCAUGGUUCAAAAAUGGUCAAAUGUUGGAAAGAGAUUCAUGGAAGGUAGAAAGCUUGAAUCAAACAGUGAAAAAUACAACCCUAGAAAUAUCAAGUGUCAGUAAAAAUGAUAAUGGAACUUAUAUGUGUUUUGCCAGCACUAAUGUAGAAUCAACGAAUAGAACAACCAUGAUUUUAGUAUUAGAUAAACCUCUAAUUAAUAUAGAUUUUAUAAAAUCUAUUGGCAUUGGGAAAAUUUUUCUGAACUGGACAGUGAAUGAUGGUAAUGAUGCAAAGCACUUGACGUAUAGAAUCCAGUACAAAUCUGCGGAAGAUUCAACAUGGUUCUAUUAUCCUGAUAAAGUUGAAGGAAUCAAUCGUUCAUACAUUCUGAAAUCAAAUUUCAAAAAUGACACAGAAUACACUGUGCGCAUUAUGGCUUCAAACCAAGAAGGUGAAAGUCAGUAUUCUGUUAGUAAACCAGUUGCCAUGCUAUCAGAAGAGCCUAUAUUCGUUCCAGAUGUGAAAGUAACGGGAGUUACUGUCAGUUCAAUUACCAUCAAAUGGAGUGAUCCCCCUUCCAAAUUUGUUGAUCUCAUACAUUAUUACCUACUUAUAUCGAAAAGUAGUAACUCUUCCACUAAAGAAACAAUUCAGCCAGCUUCGAGGGACAGCUUGUACAUGUUCUCGGACUUGAAACCUGCUACAACAUAUGUUUUCCAAGUAGCAGCUUGUAGUGAUUACACCAAUACUUGUGGCCCAUCUUCUGAGAUAGUUAAUGGUACAACAAUGGACGGCAUCUCGGGUCCCCCAUCCGACGCUGUUAUUGAAUGUAGAUUUGAUAAUAUUAGCCAGACUGGAUUUGUGUCUGUUUCUUGGAAGCCACCAAAAGAACCUCAUGGAACUAUCAUGUCUUACAAUGUUAAUGUAGAUGGAAGUGCCAUUUUUUAUAACGAACAAGGAAAUAUGGAGCACAUCACUUGGGGACCUAAAGUCACAAGUGUUAGUGAAAAUACCCUAAAUACACGUUUUUAUAAUGUAUCAGCUAACACGAAUUAUACGGUGAGGAUAUCUGGGGUAACGCGAACUAAAAGAAAUGGACAAGAUGUAGAAUUGAAAUGCAGUAUGCCACCUACGUUGCCAGAUAAACAAAAGCUUUCUCGUUUUACAUGGAGAAAAAUAGAAGAACAGUUAGGGCAAUAUAUAAUUAAAUUGAACAUACCACGUAUUUCUGAACGUAAAGGACCUAUCUGUUGUUAUCGAAUUUAUUUAGUAAGAAUGGAAUCUCAGCAGAAAUUAGCUGAAUUGCCUGAACCUGAAGAUUUGCUCAUUGUAUCUUAUCAAGAAGCACAUCGAACGCCUAAAGGCGGUGCUUAUGUUGCUGAAAUGUUUGACAAUACUGUUUUUCAUCCAGAAGUUUUCCUUGGUGAUGAUCAAGUUUAUAAUUUUUCUGGGAGUGAAUGUGACAAAUGCAUAGGUUUAAGGCCUUACUCUACACCUCGUAAAGUUGCAACUUCAGCUUCUAACGUAACCAGUAACACUACUUCAAAUGAAACUGUUGAACGUGUGAGAAGGAAUGAUCUAGUGGAUCCUUUACCUCCUUAUGACGGCAUUCUAGAUGUAGAUAGCAAUUACACCGGAUUUAUAGAAAUUUUAGUGCACGGACCUGGCUAUGGUACUUUGGCAGCCUAUAGCAGCUAUUUUGCGAUGAUAAAUCCAGGUCCGGAUGUUGUCAUAGUUCCGGUGACCAAUUCUUUUCCUCUGGUUGUGAAAACUCUGUGUGCUCUACUUCUGAUUAUAUUUUUGCUACUAUUUGCCUUAAUUCGCCGAUAUACCAAACAAGCUCAUGCACAGGCUGUUGAGAUGAUCACUUUCCGUACUUCACUAAGGAGUCUGCGCGGGCGCCAGCGGUUGGUCUCUCUAAACCCACCGGACAUGUGCCCCAUCGUCAAAAGGGACCUUCUGUCAGCAUACAUCGAAAGGCAUAGAGAUUCUGAUUAUGGCUUCCAACAAGAGUUUGAGCUUUUGCCUGAUAGAUUUAGCGAUAGAACUACCAGAGCCUCCGAUUCUAGAGAUAACGUUUACAAAAAUAGGUAUCCAGACAUAAAAGCGUAUGAUCAAACUAGAGUGAAACUUUCCCAAGUAGACAGUAUCGCUGGUUCCGAUUAUAUCAAUGCCAACUAUGUUUUGAGUUACCGGGAAAGAAAGAAAUUCAUUUGUGCUCAAGGUCCGAUGGAUACAACUGUCAAUGAUUUCUGGAGAAUGAUCUGGGAGCAGCAUUUGGAACUUAUCCUCAUGUUGACGAACUUGGAAGAGUAUAGCAAAACUAAGUGUGCAAAAUACUGGCCCGACAAAGUUGACGAUGAGAAGACUUUUGGAGAUAUAACUGUAACACAUUUAGAUGAAAUAAGGUAUUCUGAUUAUUUAGUUAGAAACCUCAAGAUCUGUCGCAAGAAUGGUGUGAAAGAAGAGGAAAGGAGAAUAACUCAAUACCAUUACUUGGUUUGGAAAGAUUUCAUGGCUCCUGAACAUCCUAAUGGUAUCAUCAAAUUCAUCAAAAGGAUGAAUGAAGUUUAUUCGAUAGAAAAAGGGUGCAUCCUCGUUCAUUGUAGUGCGGGUGUAGGAAGGACAGGUACCUUAGUAGCUUUGGAUUGUCUUCUGCAACAAUUGAAAGAGGAAGGUCAGGUUUCAAUAUUCAAUACUAUUUGUGAUCUAAGACAUCAGAGAAACUUCUUGGUUCAGUCUUUGAAACAAUAUAUUUUUAUUUAUCGUGCUCUAAUGGAAGUUGCUCAACAUGGAGAUCAAGAAAUAAACGCUGACGAGCUGAAGACAACUAUUGAAAAGGCUAAGAAAUGCGAUUUGGGUGAAUCCAAAUGUAAAUUAGAAGAGCAAUUCGAGAAUAUCAUCAAUGCUUUUGAGGAUAGGAAAUCGACUUCUGUAGCUCUUACGGAAGAAAAUAGGGAUAAGAAUAGAUCUGAACAGGUUGUGCCGUAUGAUAGGAACAGGGUUAUUUUGACUCCUUUGCCAGGAAGGGAACAUUCCACAUAUAUAAAUGCCACUUUUAUUGAGGGUUAUGAUAAUAAUGAAUCUUUCAUUAUAACUCAAGAUCCCAUGGAAAACACUGUCAACGAUUUCUGGCGUAUGGUGUCGGAGCAAGGUAUAAGUGUCAUUGUGAUGCUGUCAGAGUUGGGCGAGGGUAAAUGUCCAAGGUAUUGGCCUGAAGAUGAAAGUUGUUACGAUCACAUCAUGGUAAGGUACGUACAAGCGGAAAGUUGUCCUUAUUAUACCAGGAGGGAAAUGUAUGUCAAGAGUAGAGAUGGCGAGGAAACCAAGGUGACUCAUCUUCAGUAUCAUGGCUGGCCUACCGUGGAUGGAGAAGUCCCAGAAGUUACUAGGGGGCUAAUCGAACUGGUAGAUCAUUCUCAAACAUCUCUAGUUCCUAGCGGAUGUUCACCAUCUAUGGUAGUCCAUUGUAAUUUAGGUACAAUAAGAAGUUCCAUGUUCGUGGGAUUGUGUAUUUUAGUUGAACAAUUACGCACUGAAGGGAGAGUGGACAUAUUUACAUUAACUCGCAAAUUGCGAUCACAAAGGCUAGAACUUCUCAACACUUACGCUCAAUACGAAUUUUUACAUCGCGCAAUUGUCAACUACGCUGAGCUGCAUGGUCUCUGCAAGACAUGAGAAGUAACGAACCCAAAAUACGAAUUCAUUCCAUUGGACCACACAUCACUCGGACUCAAACGUUUCUCAAAUUGUCCUUAUAUAUUGAUGCAGUAUUGAUCAUAACAAGGAUGAUUUUCGUGAGAAAGCCAUAUUUUCUAUGUCAUAAUUUCAUAUAUUAUUUUAUAUAACUUGUGUACAAAUAAUCUUAGGACAACCUUUUGCAAUUGCGGAAUGAGAUGAGUCGAUAUUUUCGUCAUUUUACUGAUUAUUUCAAGCCAAACUUUUUUUGUAAUGCCAAAGGUCUCACUUAAUGUAUACAUUUUUUAUAUUGGAUACGAAGUAUCGGUGAUUAUAUUAUACUUGUGAUUUUUUCUAUUUGCUAUGACAAUUCCAUUUGAAUAACCAAAUUUAUCGAUGAUUUAUUUAGAAAACUAUACUCUUAGAAAUGUUCAGGGAUAAUAAGAGUAAUGUUGAGACAUGGCAAGAUAAUUUUAAAUAGAUCAUACUCAUUUUACAUCCCAUAUUGAACUUCUAAACACAUUCCUCCCAGUGGUUAUUUUUCCUUUUAUCACUUAUAACAUUAGGACCUUUCAUGAUUAUUAUUUAAGUUCAAUCGUUGCUCGAAUAAUUAUUCUUUAAAAAACAUGAAAGAACAUAUCGGAUAUUAUAUGUAACUAGUUCCAAUAAGGUCUAAAGUUCCUUUGUUUACUGGAAGAAAUUCAUGGUAGCUCAGCUAAACAAAAUUCCAACCAUAAUCUAGGUUUUUACCAUUUGUUUAUUCAUGGAAUAUGAUCAAUUUAUUACCAAUUUAUAUGAGUGAUUCGAAUAUUCUGGAAUAGCCACAUAAUCAAAACGAGUAAAUGACUGUUUAAAGUUAUGAAUGUUUCUUUUUUUUUUGAGUGUAUAACACAUUAAUGAAAAUACUUUUUUUCAUUUCUUAGAUGUUAAUAUGUGGUUAUGCUAAUUCAGAAGGUAAUUUUUGAACUCGCUAAGUGUCGUGUAAAAAUAUUUAUUUCUUAGUGUACGUAACUCAUGGCUUGUAAUUUGUGUUGUAUAUAAGUAAUGUAAGAUUUCUUGUAUUUUAGAAUACAAAAUUAAGACUGUAAAUGCAUUUGAUGAAAAAUUAAUUUAUUUAUGUAUGUUAUAUACUAAUUGUGUUUUAAUUUUUUUAAUACUGGAACAAUGCAUAAUAAAACUAAAUAUAAACUAGUAA